UCCAAGAUGAAUUUAAAUGAAACUUAUAAUGCAUAUAUCUGUGGGUGCUUUAUGAGUUGUAAUGAUGCUAAGGACAAGAGACCAUGUCCUAAAGCCCCCACUUCGCAUUACAGAAUUACUUCAGGACUCUGAUAAACCUUCAGCAUAUCCAGGAAAUACAAGAAGCAAUACAAAAUUUAGCAGAACAACACAUCUGUAAUCAUCAGUCUCAAUGAUACAUCAACAGUAGUGUGUAGUGGAUGCUAGUUGACUCACCUGAGAAUUCCCUUAGAACACAUAACAUGGCCACGUGUGACAAUGACUUCAGAUCAAUGGAUCUGCAUACGUCAUUCUAUAAUGAGAUCAAAUUACAGAAAUGGUACUGCAAUCACUGUAUUGAAUCCUCACAAUUCCUUGCCUCAGACGUGGCAAGCGGUAGCUGAUUGUGCCCAGAUGAAUCCUAUAAAACCAGUUAUUGCAGUUAAAGCUGGUUCAACUUUUCAAGUCUAUGACUUAAGAAGCCGAAAGUGUUUACAUAGAUGUUCUCUUACAUAUUGCAUUCAAUUUUGGACAUGGAUCGAUUCUUCUGCACUAGUCAUAGUCUCUGAUACUUCAGUUUAUCAUUGGUAUCUUGAUGAGCAAAACCAACUUCCAGUUAAAAUAUUUUGUAGAGAUUUAAGAAUGAAAAAUGCACAAUUGGUGCACUAUGCUACAGAUUCAAAUAUGAAAUGGUUUGCUCUCUCUGGAUUAGUUGCUGAGGAUAGUCACGUAGUCGGUAUCACACAAAUAUUUUCUGUUGACCAUAAUUUAUGUCAAAACAUUGAAGCUCAUUGUGUGUGCUUCACUUCAUAUCAGUUCAAAGGAAAUAUGCAGCCUUCAUGUGUUCUUGUUGCUGCAUCAAGAGGAACAGAAAUCCAUGGAAAGCUUCAUGCUGUAGAACUUGGUCCUCAUUUAACUGGCAAUUUGGCAUAUACAUCUCAUACUGGAGCUAUUGAAUUUUCUGAUCAAUGGUUUCGCUAUGAUUUUCCUUCUUCAAUCCAAGUGAGUUCUAAACUUGGUCUUGUGUAUAUAGUAACUAAAUAUGGCACCCUUCACUUAUGUGAUUUGGAAACCUGUGCGACUCUUUGUUGCAUUAAUGUUUGCACUGAUAUAAUAUUUAGUACUGCUUUCAACAAAGAAACUGAAGGCAUAAUUGCAAUUUCAAGAAAUGGACAGGUGUUAUCUAUAGAUCUGAAGCGAGAGCAACUUGUAAAAUACGUGUGGGAAGUAGCAAAACGAUUUCAUAUAGCCGAACGCUUAUCCCAAGUUUUAAAAGAAAGUUAAAUAAAAAUAUAUUCUAAAUAUUAAAACACCCUUUUUAAAAUGGUAUUCAAUACCUUUCCUAUGUGAGCAAGUGUAAUUUGAAUACCCAGAAUUUAAUUUUUAAUCUCUUAUCUAAUUUUUAUGAGAAAUGUAGCUUGAUAAUUUGUAAAAAUACAUGAAAUAUACUAGUAAUAUAUAAAUUUUUAGAAACACAGAAUGCCUGACAAAGAAACUGUGAACUUUGCACUAUAUUUGCAAUUUGAAAUAUUUUAGUAAUGCUAGAGAUGGGAUGAAUACUGAAUAUUCUUGAAUCCCUCAAAUGCAUCAUAAAAAAAGGAAAAACAUUAAUAACUUUUAAUUAAAGUAAAAUUUGAAAAUUUCAUUUAAUGAAAAACAAACUUAAGAAUUAUAAUCUUUAAAAAUGCAUUUAUAUUUGUUUCAAAAAAUAGCAAAUAAAAUUUAACAAAUGAAGUACAUAAUUAAAAUCUUGAACCUUGAGGUCCAUUUUUUCAAUACAUUUCAGUAAUGGUUCAAAUUUUUUGAAUUUUUUAAGAAAUGUUUUGAAUGAAAGCAAAUGUGUAAGGGAGAGGAUCAUUAAAAAAGUUAUAGUGUUCAUAAACAUUAACCGUUCAUUUGUCUCAAAAACCGCGAGUUUCAUUGUGUCUUUGUUGCUUCGUGGGUGUGAAUCUACGUAGUCUGACCUGACGUGUACUUUAUAACACAAGUGCAUUCUAAAAUAACUAACUGCAUCACGGUUUUCGAGACAAAUGAACGCAACGUUUUUGCACCGCAUAGCAGUCAAACGGUUAAAUAUUCAAUGUUAAAUUCUUUCAAGAAAAUAAAGUGUGUGGCACAUGAUGUACACUGCAAUGUUACAUUGAUGAUUUAGGCCCAUAAAAACUGCAACAACCCUUCCCCACCUCUUUUUUAAUGAAUGCCUUUUUAUUAAUCUAAAAUUUUGAAUUGAAACAUUUAAUGAUUUUCUAAGUUAGAGUUUAAAAGAUUUGC